ACAGCUCACUAUUGGCCAGCCCCUCUGUCUCGCGCUCUCUCUCUCUCUCGCUCUCGUGCUUCACGUCCUCCAGCUGAAGAGGCGUAGCUCGGUGCUUUCUGCUCAUUGUGCGAGAGAAAUUUCCGCUUCCUCCAUCGAUAAACACCCCCAACAACACCAAGUUGGGACACCGAGAGGACACACACACCGACGCGGGGACUCGCCGCCUGCCUUCGGGUUCAAACCCCCGCGACCACUGCGAUGUUUUCACUCUCCGGCGGCGACUAGCUUUAAACGGAUCAACUUUCCGUUGACACCGUAACGUACCGCGCGAGCGUUUUGCGCGUUUGCAGCAGCAGGAGCCUGAAAAACAAGGCAAAGAAAGGAGGAGGACCUUAAAACGGGACAACACCGACACACAGACGGAGAAGCAGCCAGGCUACUACGGGUAAUUCCUCCUCUCAGCUCCGCCUGAAAGCUCGUCCACAGCCUCCAGGAUGUCGGAGCGAGGAGGGCUCCCGCGGACUGGGGGCGUCCCUUCGCCGCACAUGCAGCCCUCCAAGCCGGUCAGCAUCACCUCCAACCGGCCGGUGCAAAUGAACCUGUACGCUACCUGGGAGGUGGACCGCUCCUCGCCCAGCUGUGUGCCGAGGCUGUUCAACCUGACUCUGAAAAAGCUGAUCAUGCUGAAGGAGCUGGAUAAAGACCUCACCUCUGUGGUCAUCGCUGUCAAACUGCAGGGCUCCAAGCGGAUCCUGCGCUCCAACGAGAUCCUGCUGUCCUCAGCGGGGCUGACAGAGACCGACCUGCAGCUCACCUUCUCCCUGCAGUACCCACACUUCCUGAAGAGGGACGCCAACAAGCUUCAGAUCAUGCUGCAGCGUCGGAAGCGAUACAAGAACCGAACCAUCCUGGGCUACAAGACCCUGGCUCUGGGACUCAUCAACAUGGCCGAGGUCAUGCAGCACCCCAGUGAGGGGGCCCAGGUCCUGGGGCUCCACAGCCAGCUUAAGGAUGCCUCGGUGCCUGUUGCUGAGAUCAGAGUCUACUCCCUGUCCAGCCAGCCCAUCGACCACGAGGGACCCAAAGCAAAGAUGUCUGAUCGCUCUCCAGACAUCGACAAUUACUCUGAAGAGGAGGAAGAGAGCUACUCAUCAGAACAGGAAGGCAGCGACGACCCUAUUCAUGGACAGUAUCUAUAUGACGAAGAAGAGGAAGUGAGGAAGAAGAAGCCGCGUCGCAAGCUCCCUUCCAAUGCUGCCAUCACCAGACAACCCAACAUCAAGCAGAAGUUUGUUGCCUUGCUGAAAAGGUUUAAAGUCACUGAUGAGGUUGGGUUUGGCCUGGAGCAUGUGUCGAGGGAGCAGAUCCAGGAGGUGGAGGAGGACCUGGACGAGCUCUACGACAGUCUGGAGAUGUACAACCCCAGCGACAGCGGGCCGGAGAUGGAGGAGACCGACAGCAUCCUCAGCACACCCAAACCUAAGCUAAGGCCGUUCUUUGAGGGGAUGUCUCAGUCCAGCUCCCAGACGGAGAUCGGCAGCCUGAACAGCAAAGGCAGCCUGGGCCGAGACACUUUCAGCCCGCAGGGGGAGCAGCCCCCUAUAGAGAAGAUGAAACUCUCCCGCAGCCGCAACCUGGAGGAGGCCCUGUCUGAGACCGACACGCUGGAGCUAACAGAUCAGGAGCUGUUUGCUGAGGUGGGCCCCUGCAUCAUGGUGUCGGUGGCAGAGAAACCCCGUACGCCUCUGAAGAGCAGCAAAAGUGAAACCCAGGCAAUGCCAUCGCCAAGGUUGGACGGCGGCCACACGCCCAGACAGAAGCGCAUCAGCACUCCCAUGAAGGAGCGACAGCUGUCCAAACCUCUGAGUGAACGGACCAACAGCUCUGACUCAGAGAGAUCCCCGGAGCUGGGACACAGCACGCCACUCCUGAGGAAGGCAGUGUACGACCAACUGAACCAGAUUUUGUUGUCGGACUCGGCGCUCCCAGAGAGUCUAAUCUUGGUCAAUGGCACUGACUGGCAGGGGCAGUAUGUUGCAGAGCAGCUCCAGGUACAAAGACACCCGGUGGUCUGCACGUGUUCGUCGGCUGAAAUCCAGGCGGUGCUGUCUGCUGUGCUCACUCGCAUCCAGAAAUUCUGUAACUGCAACUCGUCCAUGCCCAGAGCGGUGAAGGUGGCGGCGGUGGGCAGCCAGAGUUACCUGGGAGCCAUCCUGCAGUUCUUUGUCACUCAGCUCGCCAACAAGACGUCAGACUGGCUCAACCAUAUGCGCUUCCUGGUUGUGCCUCUGGGCUCCCACCCGGUUGCCAAGCACCUUGGUGCCCUCGACAACCGCUACAGCUCCUCCUUCCUGGAUGGAGCAUGGAGAGACGUGUUCAGCCGCUCUGAGCCACCACAGACAGAUCAGUUGGAUGUCGCAGCAAGAAUCUCCCAGUACAUCAGCGGAGCCACGGUCACGCACCAGCUGCCAAUCGCUGAGGCCAUGCUCACCUGCAAACACAGGACGCGAGAUGAAGACUCCUACCAGAAGUUUAUUCCUUUCAUAGGGGUAGUGAAGGUCGGUCUUAUCGAGUCUGGUCCUUCUCCAACAGGAGACACAGAAGAGGGUGUGGCGGUGAGCUUGGCCGUCCCCUCCACGUCUCCGCCCUCCCACGGCUCGCCCACAGGGAUGAUUAAAGAGGCAGCCACGCCUCCCUCCUCCCCCUCCAUGGGCAGCGUCCUGACAGUACAAGGGAGUCCCAGCAUGUCUCACGGUGUGGACGCCAUUGGCCUGCAGGUCGACUACUGGCUGGCCUCUCUGGCUGAGAAGCGGCGGGAGGGCGAGCGGCGCGACACAGGUUGCAAAAACACGCUGAAGAGCGCCUUCCGCUCACUGCAGGUCAGCAGGCUACCAGGCGGGGGCAGCAGCGAUCCACAGGCACAGGUCAGCACCAUGGCCAUGACCGUGGUCACCAAGGAGAAGAACAAGAAAGUUCCAACCAUCUUCCUGGGAAAGAAGCCAAAGGAGAAGGAUGUAGACUCAAAAAGCCAGGUCAUUGAAGGCAUCAGCCGACUCAUCUGCUCUGCCAAGCAGCAACAGACCAUCCUGAAAGUGUCCAUAGACGGUGUGGAGUGGAACGAGGUUAAGUUCUUCCAGCUGGCCGCCCAGUGGCCCACUCAUGUCAAAUACCUGCCUGUCGGACUUUUCGGCUACAGCAAGCCCCCCUCCUAGGGGUGAGCACCGGCCAGCUCCUCUGACCCUGACUAAACCUUCAACUCCCCUCGAUCCUGAAACACCUUCGUGCAAAGACCCCGCCUCACAGAACCUGCAGAUCUGAAAGAAGACGUCGAGUGGCUGGACUAUUUUCUUUAUGUAGUUUCAUUUUGGCUACAGUCGUCUUAUUUCUCUUUGGAGAGGAGGAAGAGGAAGAGAGGGAGGAGGGUGUUGUAGGGGUGCAGCGUUGUUACUAGUCACUUUAAUGCCCCUUUUUUUGUGUGUGUGGCGAGUGUGCAUGCACACGUGAAUGUACAGUAUGUGUGCGUGUGUGUGUGUGUGUGUGUGUUUACAGGGGGCUUACAGCACAAGUUUAUUAGCUAACUGCCAUUUACGUUUCCGUUCUAUGGAAUGCAAUAGCAUGCAACAGCUAACCGAUUUCAAGCCCUUAAAGUCAGACCCUCAACUUUCAAUCCCUACAAGGUCCCACUCACCUCACCACCCGAUCCACACAUGCAUGCUCUGAACUAACAGAUACACCACUCAUGUGCCGGAAAACAGUAACUCAGAAUUAAAAACAAAACAAAAAAAAGUACUGUAACAGGGCUUCAGUGUUUGCAUGAGCCAGUGAAAACACAAAGAAAAGUCUCCUCUGCUCACAAAAUGCAGUCAAAUAAAAGGCUUGCAUGUGAUGAGUUUCUUCAACAGACGCCCGUCAAAACAGGCCCAUUAUUUAUUGAUUUUAUUUCAAGGGCUUCCAUAUAAUUUAAAAUAUUUUUUCUGUACCACAAUAAGUCAUUUGGGUCUCUAAUGCCUAAUGAUUCCUUUCAAAAAACAAAAAAGAAUAUAUAUAUCUAUAUAUAUAAAGGGGAAGCGUCUUUUUUUUUUAAAUUGUGCUCUCGUGAAAAAUAGUAAUACCUUCCCUUUAACGCUGUUUUGUGAUGCAUAGUGUACGUUUUUGUGAAGAGUUCCAAGAUUUCAGGGCAGGGGCUACUGUAACGUGCAGUUUUCUUUAUCUCCUUAUUUGCUAUGCACUUCAGAAGACACAUCUGGGUGUUUGCAGAGUACAGCUGGUAAAAAAAAAUCGAUUAACCCAAGCAAACAUGCAACAACAAACAAAUGCAUAUUUAAACGGUCCUAAACUCGGCAGCGUUGAUGGGAAUAUAAUGAAUAAAAACUGCUUUUCAAUACACCACAGAAAUGGGAGUUAAAGUCCUGCAAUAAAGCACAAUGUUGUUUGCCAGUUGUCCCCUAGAUAAUUUUUUUCUUUAUUGGCAACAGAUUGGCAGCUUUCUCUUCAGUGAAAACAGCAGACCUGUUGAAAAAACAAUUUUUUUUAAGCAUUUUCCUUUUCUUAUCAGACUCCUUAAAGGGACAGCUCACCCUAAA